AAUACCGGAAAACGCGCGUGCCGGGCGGAAAGGCCUGGCGCGAGUGUUGUGCCGCCAUGGGCCGCAGAAGAGCGCCCGAUGCCGGGACUCUCGGCCGGGCCCUUAUCCGCCAGAAGACUCAGCGGAGCCGUCACCACCGUCACGCCGAUUCCUGGUUGCACACAAGUGAGCUCAAUGAUGGCUACGAUUGGGGUCGUCUUAAUCUUCGGUCAGUAACUGAACAGAGUUCCCUCGAUGACUUCCUUGCAACUGCAGAACUUGCAGGGACAGAGUUUGUAGCUGAGAAGCUGAAUAUUAAGUUUGUGCAUCCAGAGGCUAGAACUGGACUGCUGUCUUUUGAGGAGAGCCAGAGAAUUAAGAAACUCCAUGAAAAAAACAAACAAUUCCUGAGUGUACCACGGAGACCAAAGUGGGACAAAAACACUAGUCCUGAAGAACUCAAACAGGCAGAGAAAGAUAACUUUCUAGAAUGGAGACGUCAGCUUGUCCGGCUGGAAGAGGAACAAAAGUUACUAUUGACUCCAUUUGAAAGAAAUUUGGACUUUUGGCGCCAGCUGUGGAGGGUGAUUGAGAGAAGUGAUAUCGUGGUCCAAAUAGUAGAUGCUCGAAACCCACUCCUGUUUAGAUGUGAGGACUUGGAAUGUUACGUGAAAGAAAUAGAUGACAGUAAGGAAAAUGUCAUUCUGAUAAAUAAGGCAGACUUGCUGACUGCUGAGCAGCGGAGUGCCUGGGCCACAUACUUUGAAAAAGAAAAUGUGAAGAUUAUCUUCUGGUCGGCUUUGGCUGAAGCCAUUCAACUGAUUGGGGACUCUGAGGAACAUGUGAACGAGGGUGCUGGAGAAGCCAACACAACCGAGUCUGAAAACUCCAGUUGUGAUGAAGCUGAAAAUCCUCACAGUGAGACCGAACAGCUCCUGGACGGGGGAUCCCCGCCACUUGGUGAAGUUGCCAGUAGCGAUGAAGACAACAGUGAGUACGAGGACUGUCAGGAGGAGGAGGAGGAAGUUUGGCAGACGUGUUCGGAAGAGGACAGCAACCCUGACGAAGAGCCCUGUGGCUGGGACAGGAAGGAAAGCUGUACUGUGGAUUCUGAGGCUCAGGGCAGGAACACCCUGGAGAAGAGGCACACAUGCAAUUUCAGCCACCUGGUAUCAAGGCAGGAGUUAUUGGAGAUCUUUAAGCAGCUACACACUGGGAAGAAAGUGAAAGACGGACAGCUUACCGUUGGACUGGUGGGCUACCCGAAUGUUGGUAAGAGUUCCACAAUCAACACCAUCAUGGGCAACAAGAAAGUGUCUGUGUCUGCCACACCUGGUCACACCAAGCAUUUUCAGACUCUCUAUGUGGAACCUGGCCUCUGCUUAUGUGACUGCCCGGGCCUGGUGAUGCCGUCCUUCGUCUCUACCAAGGCAGAAAUGACUUGCAAUGGAAUCCUCCCUAUUGACCAAAUGAGAGACCACGUUCCCCCUGUGUCACUAGUUUGCCAGAAUAUUCCGAGAUAUGUUUUAGAAGCUACCUAUGGCAUUAAUAUCAUAAAGCCUAGAGAGGAUGAAGAUCCCCAUCGACCUCCGACAUCAGAAGAACUGUUGACAGCUUACGGAUAUAUGCGAGGAUUCAUGACUGCGCACGGGCAGCCAGACCAGCCUCGGUCUGCUCGCUAUAUCCUGAAGGACUACGUCAGUGGUAAACUUCUGUACUGUCAUCCUCCUCCUGGAAGAGACCCUGUGACCUUUCAGCAUCAACACCAGCGACUCCUAGAGAACAAAACGAAUGGUGGUGAACUAAAAAUACAUCCAGGCGGAAAUAAAAAAGCAAAACAGAUUGAAAAUGUAGUUGACAAAAGUUUUUUCCAUCAAGAAAACGUGAGAGCUUUGACCAAAGGAGUCCAGGCUGUGAUGGGCUACAAGCCAGGGAGUGGCCUGGUGACUACAGCUGCUGUGAGCUCUGAGAGCAGGGCUGGGAAGGCCUGGAAAAAACAUGGCAACAGAAAUAAAAAAGAGAAAACUCGUAGACUCUAUAAGCACCUAGAUACGUGAACUUGGGCUGCAGUGGAAAUGGCAUCUGCGUUGUGCACCUGGAGAAGAAACAGAAGCUGCUCUUGGCCGUGAUGCUGUGAAAUGGACCCUGCUUCUUGUGGCACGCAGCCACACCAGACAGCCAGUAUCAAGACGCAGGGGCUCCGUGGAGCACCGAGUCUAACACAGUCAUCUUGGAGCCCCAGAAACUUUGUCCUGUAGAAGGCUGAAUUUGAGAUGGGGGAAUGAAUGAUUGAAUGUUUGUGUAAACAAAUACACAUGCAUACUAAUUUGUAAGUUGGGUUU